UUCAUUACUUUUCUUUUAGUCCCUCUAAAGUCUCAACGCAGACCAUGGUGGAGAAUAAUCUCUUCGAGGAUAUUUUCAGAGUAGAAAAACUAAACCCCGAUGAUAAAAAAUUAUUCGAUAAAGUUACUCGAAUUGAAGCAAGGAGUGAAAAGUUUGACAUGUUUAUGCACCUUGAUAUCAAUUCUGAGAUAUAUCCAUUAAAGGUUGGUCAGAAGUUCACCCUUGUGCUGGUUUCAUCACUUAAUCCUGAUGGAACACCAGACACUGGCUAUUAUACACAGAUCAAUCGACAAUCACUGGCCAACAAUUUUGAAUAUGUCAUGUAUGGGAAGCUCUACAGGAUAACAGAGGCUUCUGGGCGUGAAAAGGCGGAGCUAAAUAUUUCAUUUGGUGGGCUUCUGAUGCUGCUGAAGGGAGAUACCUCUCAUUGCAACAAAUUUGAGCUUGAUCAGAGGUUGUAUCUUCUUAUAAGGAAAGUCUGAAAAUUGUAUUUAAAAAGAAUGGAGGAUGUGAAUCCUUGUUGUGGCAAAAGCACAGCAGCUACUUCCAACUUAAAAAGAAACGAGCAUCUCUACUAUGAGUCUCAAAUUUAGUAUUUAGGUGUUAUAACAAAUUGUAUUGGUUCA